CAUUUUUAUUGCAUUCUAGAAAACGCAUUUCGCACCUUGUCGAUGGACGAUGCGAACGAAUGUGUGCGCGCGUCGUAAGGAAAUUAAACUUAAAUUUAAUUGUUGCACUGCCGAACGUGCGAUGCUUUUGGCCUAGAUCAUAGCGUAUAAGGUGCCAUAAGUUUACAGGAUGCUAGCGAUGAAUUUUAUUGCUCCCCAAUCCGUAUUAAGCCGUUUCAUCGCAUCGAACGUCAUAAUUCAAAACACGGUGUUUGCUAAAAAAGAAACAAAUCGCCAAUUCUUACGGCGGUGUCCACCGAUGCGUAACUGAAUGGCAAAUGCUUUUUUUUUUUUGUGAGUCGAUUCUCUUCUUCACAGGAAGGCGCGCACACCACAAAUCCGUCUAUUAAAAACUAAAACCGCUAUGCUUCCGCGACGGGGGCAACAUUUGAUGCCGGGUGCUGUCCUGCUCGUUUGUGUGCAGCCGUAUUUAGAAUGCUAACAUAGUAGACGGGCUCCGUUCUCGCCGUAGUGUUGCCAGUUACCUAGCAACGGUUCUCGGCAGCUGUGGCGGCUCAUUAGCUUCGCUACAUUGCGACAACAACUAUGGUUUGUUGUGCCAUAACGGACAGAUUCAGUGUGCUGUGCGAACAAGUUUGAAUAGAAGUUAGUGCACGUUGGAUGCGGUAUUGCGUAGCAACGGGAGCGCCAAAAGCCUAGAAGAUGCCAAUCGCGGUGCCAAGAAGUUACACGGCUAGACUGAAUCGGACGUUGCCAGCGUUUUGCCCGAUACGGCCGAAGAAAGUGUUCAAAGUGGAAGCAACCGGGCAAGGUGAUAGAAGAAGUGGUGGUGCGGAAGGAUGUGUUUUGUAAAUUUUUUUUUUUUUUAAGCGGUGUGAUGUUUGCAAUCCAUUUUUCCGUCCGUUUGUGUUGUGAAUUGUGCAGCCAUUUAAUAAUGUGUGUGUUUUUUCUCCAAUAUGGUAGGCGUGAAAAAGGGUUUCGGUUUCGUAGAGCCUGAAGCAACACCGAACUAUCUUUGUGCCAACUAUCUGCAGCGAUUAGUGAAAUCUUUGGCACAGAUGUGGAAAAAGAGGCUAAAGAAAAAGCAGUACUAAGAAGUGUGCUGCAUCUGCAGAUCGCCAGGAACGUCCCUUGGAGGAGACCUUCCGUAGUCAUUUCGUUUUAGAAUCAUCUAGCAUCUAGCGCACCAUUCGUCCAACGCACGACCAGAGGAAUUAAGAAGCGUCGGCACCAUCGACUCAUAUGAACCAUGCCGGCGUACGCUGGGUUCGACAGUUUUGCAUCGUCCCGCCGGACAGCGGAAUCGAUCUACUACACCGCCAAGGAGUACGAUUCGGCCGAAGAGUCCGAUUACGUGCGACGUGCGAUCUUCGAGGACGGACCGAACACCAUCUUUAAUCGGCGAUAUGUCGAUCCGUGGGAUAUGGAGAACUAUGUCUACAUUCGCAAACAGGUGAUGGAUCCAACGUCCGAGUCCGAGGUGCCACCAUCACCAGCCGGUGAACCGAUACAGUCCAAGUUCUACUACGUGCCCGGUGAGCUGAACGGCAAUGGGCUCGAGUGUCGCGAUUGUUCCAGUGCCGAGCUGAUCGAUCCAGAGUUCGAAACCGAUGCACAGGGCGAAGAGAUGGAACGCGAGAGUGCUGUGCUGCUGCCGGAGGAUGAACUGGACGGUGAACCACACCACCACCCAAUGGACGAGCGUCCGAGUGAGGUGGAGGAUGAGGAACAGAUGCACGGCGAGGAUGAUGAGGACGAGGAUGGAUUCUACACCGAACGAUACGAUACCGUUAUGGACGAGGAUAGCAUCGGAGGAGAUGAACAUGUCUACAGCUCAUACACAGAUCUGGAAACCUCAUCGACGGAGCAACCAAGCUCGUGCGAUAGUUCGAUGUCGGCUCUGCGACUUCACACGCCCGGUUUUGGCAAGAGCGCCUCCAGCAGACGCCCCAUAGUCCUGCCAAAACCGCUGCCCCAGCUAGAGUUUCCCGGGCCACCGUCGUACGAGUAUUACGAGCCAAGCUGUUGCUAUAUGCCACUGCCACCGCCGCCUCCACCACCGCCUCCGCCGGCACACUUUCACCAUCAGCACCAUCACCAUGGACAUGGAGCCCUCCCGCUCGGACCACCGCCGUCCGUAACCGGGACGAUCCUGUCCGACCAUCACAACUACUACACGCUCAACGAUUGUCUCGAGUGUGCCCGGCAGGAGGCGGAACAUGUGCCGCUGUACGCCACGACGAGCAGCGGUGGAUUGCCCGCCGCCGCCGUGGGCAGCCCCACGAGGCGCCGGUCCCGCAGUGUCAGCGUCGUCAGCCAGAGUAUGAGCCUUGCUAGGCGCCCGAGCCAGAUGCUAGAUCCGGCCACCGCCAUUGCGAUCGCAGCGACCAACGCUAACGUAUGUUACACGCCGCAACAUUUCAGCUUAAGCAAAAAGGGUCUGCUGCAGAUCGACUACUCCUGCAACUGGAACAACCUGGAUCGAUAUAUCGCCAAAUAGAAUCGAACAGGAGAGGGUAGAACGAUUGGUGCUUUCCGCUCUUUUGCACCACAAAAAAGGCAACACAUUUAGGGGAUAAGAUAAUUUAAACCAUUCAUUGCGGUAAAGGUUAGGCGAAGAAGAGCGCGAACGGAUUAUCUAUUACACUAGCGACUAGCGCAGCACGACCGGCUAGCGGAUACAUGUAUGAAAUGUAAAUACAGUUAAGCAAAUAAUUGUUCUUUUAA